AUGCCACAUUUAAAAGAUGGGUCUCAGAAGAUAAAACAAAAAUGGACAAAUGCAAAAAUAUGUCUGAAUGUUUUCAAAGACGGAGGACGCAGUGCAAUACAUUGCUUUUUCUUUCAUAUCACUGCGGCCCUGGAGCAGGAUGAGCAGGCCAGGAAGCAGAGGCUGUCCUACAAGGUGGAGCAGCUCAUCUCUGCCAUGUCUCUGGAGAGCUGA